UCAAUUUUUAGGAGUCAGAAAUACGUGUCUGAACUACAAUAUCAUAUAUGAAGUGCCCUUCAACUUACAAAACCAGUCCUAAAACAGUUUAGAUGGCGUUUUCGACUAACAUGAUGCUUACAUGGCGUUGACGUGGCACUUAAAAUCAGAAAAAAUAUAAGGUUGGUUUGGUUUGAGGCCUAAAUUAGGCUUACCAAUAUUUGACAAUUUCAAUAGUGUUUAGUGUCUAUUUAGUUUGAAGCCAACUUUUGACAUGCCUACGAAAAUAGGCCAUUUCAAUAGUGAACUUAGGCUAUUUUGGCUUCAAUCCAAACACAACUUUGUCUUACCAAAAUUAGUCAUGCCAAAACUUGCCAAAAUUUGGCAUUGACAAAAUUUGGUAAGGCCUAUUUAGGCCACAAACCAAACCAACCCUAAGAUGCACAUGUCAGUGAGUGUUUUGCUAAAAAUAAAAAAAAUUAUAGUUCCUCCUCUUUCUCGCUUUCCUCCUCAUCGUAGAUGUCAUCGGCGGCGGCGGCGGUUGCAGGGCCGGCGAGGCAGAGGUGUGCCCAAAAGAUGACCCUGAAAUCAAAUCUCCCGGAGUUCGUGACCGAGUCGUUCCACCGGAGCAAGCCGCUCUUGACAGACCUCAUGGAGCUGGGCGUGCUUGCCGUGCCAUUCUCGACGGACGGGAACACGCCGGACCUGCGGUUCGACGAGACCGAUGACGAUGACGCCGACGACGCGGCAGCUUUCUUCUUCAUUGCUAGAUGUUUUUGCGUAUGCAGCGCGGAACUGAACUGCUCUUGCAGGUAUCUCUCGCUCCGGCCGGACAGUCGCGUCCGUGGCAGCGACGUCGGGUACCCACCGUGGCAAGCUUUCGUGGCGCAGCUGCCACCGGUAAAGGGGAUGUGGUCUGACCUUCUUAACGGGAUGGAUGGGAGGGUAUCCCCGUGGGCGAGCAAUAGGCCAUGGCGCGCGGGCUCCUAGCGCGCCUCCUCCCGUUGCACUCCAGAGCUUUGAUUUCAUGGUCAUCUCCGGGUGCACCUUCGCCUCGCUGGCCCUGCCACAACGGCCACCGCCGCUGACACCGACGACGACGACGACGAAAGGGAGAGAGAGGAAGAGAGAAGAGGUAAAAGAGAUGAGGCGGUGACGUAGGUCCCUCUGCAUUUUUUUUAUUUUUAACUAAACACUUACUGAUAUGUAGGUCUCAUGUUUUUUUUUUCUGUUUUACGUGUCACGCCAAUGCCAUAUCAGCCGAAAACGUCGUCCAAACCGUUUUGGGACCUUAUUUAUAUUAGUUUUGAGAGUUGUGAGACGCGUCGUAUUAUUACUAUUCAGGGAGACUUAGCGAUAAAUUAAGGGACCUGAAGUGAACUUAAUGCACAGCCAACAGGUCGUACCGUACCCUCAAUCCUAUUCUAGCCCAACUAAGCGGCCCACACUUAAGCCAUUAUAUUGUACCAGCCCAACUAGAAUGAUCCGCAUGUAAACCAUAAUAAUGUUUUGGCCCAACCAGCCGUGAUCCGCGCCACAAAAAACGAACCCUUCCGGCACAUACUGCCAUUAUACAUAGGUUAAUGCUCAAUUAUAUAUAGCUCCAGUUUAAAUUGUGUAAAAACUAACAUGGAAACUCCAUCAGCUAUUGAAAUCGGUUGUUUUGCCUCCUCUUGAGUGGUUGGUUUUAUCCUACAUGCACUACUGGAGAAAAGGGUCUUCACUCACGGUUCGUAACCCCCUGUUGUCCCAGUUGUGCAACCGGGACCCCGAAUCAGGUACUAAAGAUGGGCAUAUAGUCCCGGUUGAAAUAAUCGAGACUAAAGAUGAAUCUUCGUAAUACGAACCAACACUAAAGAUCAGAGUGCCACGUGGCUGACGCUCUCAUCUUUAGUAUUUUUUUUUGUUUUAUUUUUAAUUAUUUUUUUUGCUACUUAUAUUAAUUUCAAACCAAACUCAACGACAAAAUCAUCCCCAUUCACAAAACAUCACAAAAUCAUCGACAAAUUCAUAGAUCGAAUGAACAUACUCAAAUUGACAUAACAAAUUCAUUAGACCCACGGUAUGAACAAAUUCACAUAAAAAAACAAAUACACAUUAAUCAAGUCAUUGUCGCGCCGGCCGCCGCCCGGUGCUGCUCCUCGUCCGGCGUCGUGUUAGCCGCCGCCGCCGCCCGACGCGCGCAGGCCGCCCUUGCCCGGUGCUGCGCUGGCCGCCGCCACCGCCCAACGCUGCUCCUCUCUGUUGCGAAAAAAAAUGGAGAGAUGAGAUAUAGAGAGGAGCCUAAGGAUAAGAUCGAUAGAGGAUAAGAUAGAGAUGAGAGAGAGAGAGAGAGGAGGAGGAAAGGGAGUUACAGAUGAGGAGGAGUUUGUGAGGAUGAGGUGAGGAUAAGUGCGAGGGAUUAUAUAUAAUGCAUCGAUCUUUAGUUCCGGUUGGUAACACCAACCGGGAAUAAAGAUAGUGGGACGCCUGACAUAUUUUGAACCGAGACUAAAAAUGGUCUUUUAACUUACAUUGCGAUUUUAAAUCGGGACUAAUAUGGAUUUUGCAUGACCCAACAAAGAUCAGUUGCCAGUAGUGAUGGUAGCUACAUGGUAUGUUUCCGGUAUUCAUCAUAUAUGACUCUUACAUGGAAUUAUAAUCAGUAAAGAAAUGUAAAAAUAUAUUGAGGCCGACGAGGAUGGACGCUGUAGCAGCCAUAAUAAUGGGCCACAACACAUUAGCAAUAAGAAGAGUACCAUUUACAUGGCAAUAACGUGUCAUAUCUUCACGUAUGACAUGUAUUUUUCCCGACCAGAAUACUCAUAGGCAUAAAGCUAUAACAACAGCAAAUAGUUCAGAAUAAAUAAAUAAUAAAUAAAAAUCUAGGGGAAGGAGGACGGGAUACUUUAGUGACCACUUUCCUUUCCUUCGUUUGGCUGAACUCCCACGCACAAGCUAAGCAGUAGCGUCCCUCGUCUCCUUGCCCCCAUCGACCACAACAACAAACAGGGAAGGAGGAGCACGUAAGAAAAAGAAAGUAGAAGAGGAGAGGAGGAGCCGUUGAUUGUGACUUGCUGGGCAACCAACACUACUACAGAAAUGAAUAUUUAGGUCAGCAUUAUAUAUGUCGGAAAUGGUAUAAACGUUAGCUGUAGUGCCUUGAUACUUGGUACUUACGUAUAACGGUAUUUGGUAGUUGGUUUGGUACCUCACAAGUCACAACAGGGAAGAUGGGAGUUCAUUGAGGAGAGAAAGGGAGUAGAAUAGUGAUGAGGACAUCAACAAUUCAACACCAUCAAUACAUCCAUGUCUCCACAAGUACAAGUACAACUAUC